AUGCUACGGGUGAUCUUAGAAAAAGCUCUGUCUGAUGAUGCUUCACAUGAGAACCUUGACAAGUAUCUCCCCGAUAUCAGAGAGAUCAUUGUCACUUUGUUGCAGAAACUUAAACAAAAGCAGGCUCUAAUUCGUGCUUCUGGCUCUAGUGUAGGUUCUGCUCCAUCAAUUCCAUUGCCAACGUAUCACCAUAACUCUACUUCGCAUCCUCAACCCCCGACUCAUGGGAGAUACCAACAAACGCAUCAGGGACCGGGCCCUCAACCUCAGCAACAAUCGCAGCCCCAUUCGCACCAGCAUGCAAACCCAGGUCCACCACCUUCACCAAGGUUGCAAAUGCAAGGGCAAAUGUCGCAAAUUUCUGCUCCUAUGAAAUAUCCCACUCGAUCGGAGUCUUUGUCGAGCCCAGCCUCUCCUUUGGCUUCCACUAUGCUCCCUCCUAGACAUAAUAGUGUAGGAGGUCAUAGCGGAGCUGGUCCUCGAACAAGUAGUGCUCCUGAUUCUGUAAAGUUGGGAGGUGGUGUACCUGGUUUUCAGGCUCGACCUCCUCCACCUCCUCCUGGUGGUCCCAAUGGACCUAAUGGUCCCGGGCCAGUCCCGGGUCCCGGGGGGAUUCAUAUCAAGAAAAACAACUCGAGGUCAAACUUGUCUAAUAUUUCAAUCACUGCGUCUAACGCACCGAGAUCGGAUUAUCAGCGUGGGCCCCCUUCGUCAUCGCCUCGUAAAGAAUCUAGCAACCCUUUGGCAACCCUUCAACGGAGUGAAGCCCUUGAAAGACGUGCAUCCAGACGGUUUUCGGCUUAUCAAUUUGCAAAAUUAACCAACGGACCCCAAGCAGCUAGAGAGGCUGUCCCUGAAAUGCCUCCUUUACCAUCUGAUAAACGAUCUUCUCUACUGCCUACAACUUCAUCUCACUCGAGUUCUAUGGCCGAUUACACUCUUUCAACCAGCGUAGUCGAUAAAACCAAUGAUCAGCAACAUUUGGCAGCAACAAUCAAGGAUACUACUCCAUCUGGAGAAUUGGCGGCACAAAAGGAAUCACCAUCAACUCAGUCUAGAAUUUCUUCCAGUCCACAAGUGAAUGGAUCUCAGGAACAAUUCCCCGGUACCAUCCCAGUAUUUCUCCAAAUUGGUCACAAAGUGAAAAAAGCAAUGGUCGAUCCAUCUGACAUAACUAUCGCUUCGCUACGUCUCCAAUUUAUUGAGAAAUUUGCAUAUUCUCCAGGUUCUGAAGCAUUCCCUGAUAUCUAUAUCCAAGAUCCUAAAUCAGGUAUUAGAUAUGAACUUGACGAAACUUCUUUGGAUGAGGUAAAGAAAGGAAGUGUUUUAGUAUCGCUCAACAUUAAAGAGAUGGAUGAGGUCAAGAAGCAUUUCAGUGAGGGUUUGGCGAAGUUGGCAGAAACCGUGAACAACUUGCAUUCGAAAAUUGAUGAUAACACAAGCGCUAUAAAUCAACUCAAAGAGACUAAAGUAAACUCUAUUGCCACAACAUCUUCUCAAACACAAUCCAGAUCUGAAACUCCCAUGUCGACGAGACCAACUUCUAAGAUUAGUCUCAAACAAGUAGAAGCUAUUAGAAAGGAUGUGGCUGUCCUGAGGCAAGUAUCAGCAAGUUCUCUUGGCGGUUUGAAGGAUGAGCUUGCCGGUAUCUUAACAAAAGCCAAAGCAUUACAGAAUACUUCGUUUCUUAUUCAGCAAUCUGGUUCAAGUAGAGCAUUCAUGGAGCAAUGCCACAAGAAGCUGUCAGCUGAGUCUGACAGCCUUUUAACAAACGUGGAUGAUCUGCAGGAUGUUAUUGAAGCGCUUCGGAAGGAUGUGGCUCAGCGAGGUGUACGACACACUCCUCGUCAACUUGAAACAGUUGCUAAGGAACUUGCUGUUGCCAAAGAAGAUUUGGAGAAAAUGACCGAGUACAUUACCAAUGAGCGCCCUAGCUGGAAGAAGAUUUGGGAACGGGAGUUGGACGUAGUCUGUGAAGAACAACAGUUCUUUAAAUUACAGGAGGAGCUUGUGGCUGAUUUGAGAGAUGAUCUCAGUAAGGCCGAAGAAACAUUCAAGCUAGUCGAAAUGUGCUCUCAGGAGCAGUCAAAAGUAUCAGGCGGUAGAAGACCCACUCAGCCCACUAUAUUAUCUGCCCCUGUUGAUGGAAUUGUUCAUGUGAAAGAUGCUGUUCUUUCCGAGGUGUCUGCCCUUCAACCCAAUCAUGAACAACGUGUUGAGGCUAUUGAAAGGGCUGAAAAGAUGCGCAGAAAAGAACUUGAGUUGAGAAGCAAAGGAGGCGAGUUUGAAGAGGAACUUGAAGAGUUUGUUGGAGAAAACAAGCUUAAGAAAAGUGGAGGUGUUGAAGAGACUGAACGCAGAUUAAAGCUGCGAGAGCAGAAAAUGCUCGAAGAACAGCGAAAGAAUGAUGCGGAAGCUAAGUUAAUUCGUGACCAAGAACGCGAGCGCCGAAAGUUGGAAAGACAGAAAGAGCGUGGUAAACGAGAGCCGAUUCCUGAAGAUGAUGUUCCUCUGGAUGCAGUCGACACUGCCAAUCCAGUUGUUGAGCCUGAAGUCAACACAACCCCUCCUGAAGAGCAUGAGGUCGUUACCAAUGCGACUGCAGAACAUGCGUCAGAACCCGUUGAGGCUUCCGUAGAAAGUUUAGAUUGA